AUGCAAGCCAAUGUCUUGACACCCGCUGAUUCCAGCUCCACAACCCCUCUGUCGGCAUCCCCGGUGCCGUCCGGUGGUGCCUCGCUUGUGGGCGUUGCUGCGCGCAUUGCCGUGCGCCCGACUGCCACGCGAGUCCUCUCUAUUUUCGGCACUCGCCCUGAGGUCAUAAAGUUCUAUCCCGUGCUCAAGGAGAUGGACCGUCGCUCGGAGAGCCUGUUGUCAAUUACCUGCGUGACUGGGCAACACCGCCAGAUGAUUGACCCGCUCCUCUCGCUGUUUGACAUUGCCACGGAUAUUGACCUCAACCUGAUGACCCAAGGCCAAACCCUCUCCAACCUGUCGGCGCGUCUGUUCACUGCGCUGGCGCCCGUGUUUGAAGCCGUUCGUCCUCACCUCGUCCUUGUUCAGGGCGACACCACCACAGCCAUGAUUGCCGCCAUGUGCGCCUUCUACUAUCGCGUGCCUGUCGGCCACAUUGAGGCUGGUCUGCGCACGAACGACCGCUACAACCCCUUCCCCGAAGAGGUCAAUCGUCGUAUCGUCUCGGUUGUUGGCAACCUGCAUUUUGCCCCCACAAAUUAUGCCGCCGAGGCCCUGCGCGCCGAGCGCAUCGACAUGCAGACCGUGUUUGUCACGGGCAAUCCCGUUAUCGACGCCAUCCUGCUGAUUCGUGAGAAGGCACCCUCAGCAGCGGCUCGCCAGCUGCUCGAUCGCGUAGAGGCCGUCGACGCAGCCACUAACGCCACGCUCCCCGCUGGCCAGAAGGCGCGCCAUAUUCUUCUCACUGCCCAUCGUCGAGAGAACCACGGAGAGGGCAUUGCGGCCAUCUGCCGUGCCGUCAAGCGCAUCAUUGCGCAGCACAAGGACGUGAAUGUGUGGUACCCCGUCCACCUCAACCCCGCCGUGUGUGUGCCCGUCCGCCAAGAGCUGGGCAAGGUGGAGCGCGUCCAUCUGCUCGACCCGCUUGAGUACGACGUCUUUGUCCACUUCCUGGACCGCAUGUACAUGGUCAUGACCGACUCUGGCGGCAUUCAAGAAGAAGUCACUGCGCUUGCCAAGCCCACCAUUGUCCUUCGCGAGACCACCGAGCGCCCCGAAGGCGUCGAUGCCGGCGUUACCAAGCUCGUCGGCAUUCACGAGGACACGAUUGUCAAGGAGGCGAACGUGCUUCUGACGGACGAGCAAACUUUUGCCAAAAUGUCGUGCAAGUGCUUCCCGUUCGGCGACGGCACCGCUGCCAAGCAGAUUGUGGACAUUAUGCUCAUGUCCGUUUCCGAGGUCAAGCUGAGCAUUGGUGCAUGA